GCGGCCGGAUAGUCGUUAUAUCGACGUAUAGGCGGAUAUGGUGGAGGACCCCCCAGAGGAGAUCGUCGAUGCAGAUGUCAUCCCUGCAGACGUGGGCGAGGAGGAGUGGGAGAACAUGGAUCAGGUUAACCGUUGCAAGGAUGGUCGUAACUGGAUCACAUCUGUAUCGGCGGAUGAUUGUGUGACAGAUGAUGUGUCCCCAUGGCAAGAUGCGGUUUGGAUGCACCGAGAAACGAUGGAGCAUGAGCAAGUGGAUAGGGGUAGAGGGAAGGUGGUCGCAGAGGACUAUUUCCAGACAGUGAGGACCCUCCGAAGUAGGGUGGGAGGUCAUGUUGAUGUGGAGGGUCUAUUGGCGAGAGAAGAUGCACAGGAAGAGGACAUCGAGCACGACCACGAGGACAUCCUUGCGUCAACUUCACAUCCACAGGCGACAGAGAUAGGGUCAUCAGGCGCCGCGACAUCACAUCGCCUCGUUCGUCCAGAGUCUUCUCAUCAUGCGGGGCCAGUCACUGUCGAUUCCACAGGUCUGGAGGCAUAUGCUUCUGCCACGACAGGUUCUCCUGCUUGCACCGACAAUGUGCGCAAGACUAACGGGUCUUCAAAGACUGUCGUGGACAAUGUUGCGGUGCACGAGGCAGAGCAGAGGCUGCAGGAUAGCGUGGGUGAUCAGGCGCCGCAACAUCACAUCGCCUCGUUCGUCCAGAGUCUUCUCAUCAUGCGGGGCCAGUCACUGUCGAUUCCACAGGUCUGGAGGCACAUGCUUCUGCCACGACAGGUUCUCCUGCUUGCACCGACAAUGUGCGCAAGACUAACGGGUCUUCAAAGGCUGUCGUGGACAAUGUUGAAGUGCACGAGAGUGUCUGGGGUUAAACAGACUGUCGUGCAGACGGUGGACGAGGUAGUACAAGACUUGACGGGCCAGAGGGUUGAGCAGAGGGUGGAUCAUAGCGCAGAUCGAAGAUUGGACGAAAGAGCACACCCGUCGGACAGGGAGGGCAGUCGUCCCAUGGUCGUGCAGACUGUAGAGCAACGUGUGGGGGUGGGUUUGGCCGUGACUGUGGAGCAGAGGGCGGAGCAAAGGGUACAUCCAUGUGCUGCCUUAGGUGUAAAUCCUAGGGUGGAGCAGAGGGUGGAAGUUAGGGUGAAUGUUGUUGUGGAGCACCACAUGGACCAGGGGAGAUUAGGCAUCGUACGCAUGAGAGUGGGCGAGAGGAUUGACGAGAGUGUCAUCGGAGCUGAGGGCGAUGUCAUGGUGGAGGAGAGGAUAGAGGAUAGGGAUAGGGAACCCCCGCAAGAGAGUAGUGCGCAAGACAUUGCACUCACCGGAGCUUCGUUCUACGGAAUUUCCCCGCUACCCCCACGUGCUGCACAGUCCUCUCAGAGAGAGAGCCAGAAAACCUCUUCUCACGUGGUGGACGAUGAUCCUGAUGGUGAUGAUCAGGGCAACACAUCGGAUGAGAUGUCCGACAGCGACUACGCGGACGAGACUUGUCAGAGGGGUCAGGCUGAGGGAGGAGAUGAUGACAGCUCCGACGGCACUGCCGAGGUGGCAGACUAGAGGGUUGUGGUGUUAUCUAGUCCAUCCUUCUACGUGCAUUGAGAAUUGUCCGAGUUGUGGCAUA